AACAGCAAAGCCCGCCUCCAAGCUUCCAUUCUCAGGGGUUAUUUAAAGAGCUGCCCCAUCUCAGCUGUGUCCCUGUGGAAGCAUCUGUCUUGUGAUACAACUUGACCAGCUCAUUACAAACUAACCAUGUGUGACGAAGACGAGACCACAGCUCUUGUGUGUGACAACGGCUCUGGACUGGUCAAGGCAGGGUUCGCCGGAGAUGAUGCUCCACGUGCUGUCUUCCCCUCCAUUGUGGGCCGACCCCGUCACCAGGGAGUGAUGGUGGGUAUGGGUCAGAAGGACAGCUAUGUAGGAGAUGAAGCCCAGAGCAAGAGGGGUAUCUUGACCCUGAAGUACCCUAUUGAGCACGGCAUCAUCACCAACUGGGAUGACAUGGAGAAAAUCUGGCACCACACUUUCUACAAUGAGCUCCGUGUGGCCCCAGAGGAGCACCCCACCCUGCUCACAGAGGCCCCCCUCAACCCCAAGGCCAACAGAGAGAAGAUGACCCAGAUCAUGUUUGAGACCUUCAAUGUCCCCGCCAUGUAUGUUGCCAUCCAGGCUGUUCUGUCCCUGUACGCCUCUGGCCGUACCACUGGUAUCGUGCUGGACUCUGGAGAUGGUGUGACCCACAACGUCCCCAUCUAUGAAGGUUAUGCCCUGCCCCACGCCAUCAUGCGUCUGGAUCUUGCCGGCAGAGACCUGACUGACUACCUGAUGAAAAUCCUGACUGAGAGAGGAUACUCAUUCGUCACCACUGCUGAGCGUGAGAUUGUGCGUGACAUCAAGGAGAAGCUGUGCUAUGUGGCUCUGGACUUUGAGAAUGAGAUGGCAACUGCAGCCUCCUCCUCCUCUCUGGAGAAGAGCUAUGAACUUCCUGAUGGCCAGGUCAUCACCAUCGGCAACGAGCGCUUCCGCUGCCCUGAGACCCUCUUCCAGCCUUCCUUCAUUGGUAUGGAAUCUGCUGGUAUUCAUGAGACUGCCUACAAUUCAAUCAUGAAGUGCGACAUUGAUAUCCGUAAGGACCUGUACGCCAACAACGUGCUGUCUGGUGGUACCACCAUGUACCCUGGUAUUGCUGACCGCAUGCAGAAGGAGAUCACUGCCCUGGCUCCCAGCACCAUGAAAAUUAAGAUCAUCGCUCCCCCUGAGCGUAAGUACUCUGUCUGGAUCGGUGGCUCCAUCCUGGCCUCUCUGUCUACCUUCCAACAGAUGUGGAUAAGCAAACAGGAAUAUGAUGAGGCAGGCCCCUCCAUCGUUCACAGGAAGUGCUUCUAAACCACUGCUCCAUUUCCACCAACCCAUCCUGUUACUGUAUAUACAUGUACUGUUGUAAUAAAAUGCUUUUUAAGGUAGACAAUGUGUCUGCUUUACUUUGCAUUAAUGAUC